GCAGCCACAGAGCAGCGGCGGCGGCGGCAGCGCGCCUGCGCAGUGCAUCCAGGGGCUCGGCGGCGUUCGGUGCUGAAGUGGGGCGGAUGGCAGGAAAAACGGCGGCGAUGGACAUUACUCCGCGGGAUUCCCGUUUGCGAUGUCGCUGAACGGACACCGGGACGUCGCGUUUUCGCUCCCGUCGCCCUCGGACACUGACAGCCCGGCGCGAAGCGAUGCUGUACUUUAAUUGCUCCCUCUACUCCCAAGUCCAUAAAUGACCCUUUCACCGACAUCCGAGGAAGCCUAGGAGGCGACGUCGAGCGAAAAAACAAACGGAGCGGGUGAAAUAAGGAAACAAGGAGAGGAAGUUAUCACGCUUCGCCUCAGCUUGCGUGUCCGUGCCCGUCGGUCAGGGAUGGUGAGACCACUAACUUCUCUUCUCUGUGGUGAAAAGACCCUCCCUGCUUUGCCCCGAACCCGCAGCGAGCCAAACAGCCAGUGUUUCCGCCGAACCGACGCCCAGACAGUCCAGCGCCCAGUGUCUCCGUCAACCAGCCUGCUAUCGUCCAGCAACCUAUUACCUCACGCCAUGAUUGCUCUGUCUGACCUGUUUUUACAAACUCAGUAAUUCAUGCCCCGAAGUGUGAGCGGAGUGGAGAUGAGAAAAAGGCAGGCGGCUCACAUCGAGGCCCCCCCACAGGCCCCUGGACAGCCCCGACCCAACACCUGCUGCCUCUGCUGGUGCGGCUGCUGCAAGUGUCUCUGGAAUGAGGACAGGAUUGAGAGGAGUGAGCGACAGACCUGCACCAAGAUGGACAGUAUUGAAGCUGAAGAUGAACAAUGCCCCAGUCUAGAGGAGCUGCUGUCGUGGGCCCGGAGCUUCGAGAUGAUGCUGCGCUCGUUGGAGGGCCGGGAGAUCUUCCGGGAGUUCCUGCGCUCGGAGUAUAGCGAGGACAACCUGCUCUUCUGGUUGGCCUGUGAGGAGCUGAAGAAGGAGACCAAUCCCACCGUGGUGGAUGAGAAGGCCAGGAUUAUAUAUGAAGACUACGUGUCCAUAUUAUCGCCCAAAGAGGUGAGUCUGGACUCACGGGUCAGAGAAGGAAUAAACCAGAGUCUGGCUGAGCCCAGCAACCUGAUCUACGAGGAGGCCCAGCUCCAGAUCUACACCCUGAUGCACCGCGACUCCUUUCCCCGUUUCCUCAACUCCUCCGUUUACAGAGACCUCCUGGCCAACAGGAGGCGCACCUGCCUCGACCCCUAGACCCCUUCCACUCCUCCCUCAUUGCCAUCGUACACCAACGAGACUACUACUUAAACUUCAAAUACUACUAUGGUGCCAGAAGUCGGGUUUGGAAAAAAAUCUCUCCCUUUUUUGAUUGAAAAGACUGAAUGACAUCCAAGAUAGCUGGUUGUGUUUUUUUUUUUAUUUAUAUUUUUUAAGCAAUUUAUAUCCAGUUCCUCACUGGAGCCAGGUCGGCCUUUGCUGGUUGGUUAUUGGUCAAUUCAAGACCUUUAAUGCUGGCCAGUGAUUGUUUCGCUCGCAGUUUGUGCUGUUUGUUUCGGUUGACGGUGGCCAACCCACGUGGGUUGAAACGGCCGACCCGUUGGCCAGCCGUCGCUCACCUGUGGACGAGGACUCCUCAGGCGGCGGGGACAGAAAAAGAGAGGGAGAGAGAUGAAAAAGGACAAGCCAACUGUUCCUGUACUGUAAUAUUUAGACCUCAUGCUUUCUACCCUCACUUCUAAAGUUCUCUCUCUUUACUCAUUCUCUUUCAUGUUUUUAUUGUGUUUUUUCUAACUCUGUCCCAUUCCUCAGACAUGUUUUGAUUUUUGUCUUGUUUUUAAUUUUUCUGUACUAUCCAAACAUGACACCUAGUUGUUGGUGGGAGCUGGAGAGUCGGAGUUUUCUGCCCAUUUAACCAGUAGAAGCACUGGCUCUGCAUGUGACUCUCUCUCUCGACAGUAGCUUGACGAUGUAAGCCGCGGACUGCAACUGUUUUUGAAUAUUGAGAUGUAUUAAGAUGGGGACCUGUCUCUGUCCUGGUUGUUUUUGUUCAGUGAAGGGAAGUACACUUCUGCCCAUUUUAAGCUUACUGCCGUUUCGUUGAUGAGGAGAUUUAAUGGCUUCUGCAGCAGAGGCAGCCGCAAAAGCCACCCACCCAUCCAUCCAUCCAUCCAUCUGUCCAUCCACCCAUCCAUCCAUCCAUCUGUCCAUCCAUCCAUUUAUCCGUCCAUCCAGGCACUUUCCUUCUUUAGGAUUCUUUAACUGGGAGAAGUAAGGGCUAGAAUUGUGGUUGGGCAGCUACAUGUGUUAUUACUACUCAUGAACUUUAGACAAAAAAAACUCUCUUCACUGAGAAAAUCACAAUGCCUUUUACAUGUGAGGAAAAAGGCAGCACAAGCGCUGCUGGAGUUUUGCUGGAAAGCAACCACAGUUUGUCCAACGAUCCCUACCUCCCAUCCUGUUUCCCCCUCCCCCCCUUCCUCCCUCCAACUCAGACCAUCACAGCCUGACAAGCACAGGUGCCCAAUGUAGGGGUGGGAAACCCCCCCACCACUGGAUAACAUAAAAAGACCCCCACAUUGACUCCAAAAGGUCAUUUGCAUUUUGAAAUUCACGAGCAGAAGAGAAGGGUUUUACUCUCUAGUGUUUCACCUGGAAUUGAGUAGUUUGGAAAACGAGCAGACGCAGCAGGCACCCAUGUGAUUUUAAAAAAGGGUCCUCGAGCCCCGACCUUUGUCUGUAAGGCUCUAUCUUUAGAAGCUUUCGGUAAUAUGACAGUCGUCGAAGUUGAACGUCCAAUAUCUCAGUGCAGAUACGAGAACCAGGUGCCAAACAUGAUGUCAAAGAUGCUGUGAGGGGAUAUCAGGUGUGACAGGCUGUUAGGGUCUCGCUCUUUGCAGUGCGCGUCUGAUUGUCCAGCACAUGAAGUGAAUGGUUCUCCUUCAGUUAGCUGCUGCCCAUGUAAGACACUUCUGAUUUGUCUUUUUUAACCAGAGCUAAUGAAAAAGGUUGGCGUAACAAUGCUAACAUGCUAGCCUUUUUCUUUUUCUUCAGAAGGCUAACUAGAUGUCAGCAUGCUGUAGGCAAGCAGUUAGCAUGCUUGUGCUAGCCAUGCUAAUCGUCCAUCUCACUGCCAGCCCUCACACACACACUCCGGUUUGUCAUUUCUAAUCCGACUUUGACAGCAUGCGAUGAUAACGGCUAAAGUGUGCGUGUGUGUGUGUGUGUAUGGAAAAGUUACACACUUAACAGGAAAAAAAAAAUAGAAAAAACAACUUUAAGGGGGUCUUGCCAAAUGUCCCAUUAACAUUUUUAUUCUAUAAAAGGACAUUUAGUUUUUUGACGAUGUGAACAUUUGAACAUGAACUUUGUUUCUGGCCUGUGGACGUGCAGUAGAAAGUGCAUGAGUGCAGUAUAUGCUAUUUUUUAAAAUUAACUGGGGCCUCCAAGUGUUUUCCUCACGCCACGCGAUGGAUAACCGUCUCGGUUCAGUGGUUAGUGCAGUCUUAAUAAAGUGUCAAUUGAACAGUGCCACUCCUCACUGAUAAAUGUAGGCAUCCAUGUUGCCACCACCUGUAACUACCUGAAGUUCACGUGCCAAGUUUGAUCUAAAUUCAAUUCAACCGUAGACAACAGGAUGUCGAUUGAAGACGGUUGAAGUGCAAUUGGAUGUUUAGUAGUUUAACGAUAAUAGAUCACUGUCUAUUUGAAGCUGUGUCCUACUAUGUUAGACUGGUUUUGAAUCAUCUAAUAAAUUUCUAUCGUUAACACCUUUCUGUAUCCUGAUACUGGGACAGCUUUAAUUCCACAGAUGGAGAAUUCAAAAAUGUUUCUGCCUUUAGUUAGCAUAAACAGAUAUUUCAGAUAUUUUUAGUUAUAAAUCAGCCAAAUUGACACUGUAAAGUCAAGAAGUCUAAACCAAUAAUCACGUUUUUUGCGAUGUUCUUUAUUGAAAAUAUAAAAUAUUUAAUCUUUGGCAAUACUCACAUUUCACUCUACAUUAAUAUCCAUAAGGGCUCGAUUGAAACUGCUUAGCUGCUUUACUGAGGAGCCGUGCAUGCAUGCGCCCAGUUGAUCGGAAGCAGAGGAAGACAGACUCGAUAACCAAUUCUGAAUCGAAAAGGAUCAAAUUCUACAUUUAGUCCCUGGAAACAUGAACAUUUUCGAGGUUUGUAAUUUGGAUUUCCGAGUCAGCAGAAAGCGCUCUCGCAGGCAGAUUUCUCUUCUGCACAGUUCAGCUAUGUUUUCUUGUCGCUGAGUCUAUACAGUGAUUAACAUGAGAAUGUUCCACCAAGAACCAGAUAAUGAACUCAUGGUGCAAUUAAACCAAGUUUACAUUUAUAAAUUGUGAGAUGUGUGUACCUUAAUAAAAUACUCAUAACAGCAGAGAGGUCAGCAGGUUUAAGACGGACACCGUCCCUGCCCAGUGCGAACGGACACGUUCACGAGAACCGGGAGAGUUUUAGAGGGAGGACGGACGCAGCAGGAAACCCAGCUUCCCUGCUCACAUCCGUCCCUCUUAAUUUAUUGUGACUUUUACACGGUCGGGGGGGGGGAGAAGUCCACGGUUGUUUAUUUUUAAUAACUGAAUUUCAAAUGUGGAUUUUACAAGCAAUGAUGAUGAUGUGAAGUGAUGUGUCAUCGCUGGGUUUUAGAGUUUUGUCUUUAAAUUUCCACGGGUUCCAAUCGAGUGGUUUUUUUGGAAACGUGGUUUUGUUGACUUAAAAAAAAAAAAAAAACAGAAAUAAUACGAUUGAGAGCUGAAGUGUCCUGAUGGGAUGGAAGAGGUUUGCGAAGCUUUGGCCUUACUGACACGUUUUUAUUUUUUUCCUUUGUAUAAAAAAACAAAAAAAACAACAAACGUCUCUGUAGGCUUUUCACUACCUCUCAUGUUGGUUAAUUUAUUUCACAUCUAGUUGUCAAUGUACAAGUUGUUUUUACAUCUACUUGAAGCCUAACACUGUAAACAAAAAUGUGCACAGAAAAAUGACUAUGUAUAUGACCAGAGGGGUUCAAGAGAGCGUGGCCUAGUCAACGUUAUUUCUUUUUGUUUGUAUGUAUGUUUGUUUUUAAUUGUGUUGAGCUGAAAUAGAUUUUGCAUCUCUAUAAAGUAUUCAGGAAUCCACUGUCUAAGGGCUAAUCCCAUUUUUGCCUAUGCAAAUCUGUUACUGUGGGUGGGUUGGGAAAGGGCGAGCUACCGCACCUUUCACCUGUUUUAGAUGGACCAUGGUUUACAUUGCCCUUUGCUGAUAUUCUUCAAUCUUACUCAGCAAAAAUGUACGCUUAUUUUUGUUUCUAUAUAAAUAUUAUAUAAAUAUAUAUAAAACAAGUAAUAUACAGAGAAAAUAGUAUAUGCCUUCGUGAUGAUAAAAAAAAAGAAACCUUGCUGAAUACAAAUAAAUGUGUUGUUGUCUGACAUUAUGUGGCUGUGUGCUGGAGUCUUGGUAAGAUGAUGUAGAUGAGUGAACAGUCGACGAGCCGACCGUCUACAACACGAGUAGCUGAUCCUGUGCAGUGUCUCCUCACUGAGGCGGUGAAAGACUUUAUUUAUUCAAGGAGCAAACACUUCAUGACUGUGUCUGUGACAAACGUUGUUCUCCAGCCCCGGCCUGUGGUCUCAAUAAGGUAUCCGGGGUCACCCAGUACUUGUCCAUGUCAUUUCUCACUGUAACAUUUUGGUCAUUUAAAAAGCAAGACUAUGUAACCUCUGCUAAAGGAAGCUGGUGACCAAGACCAGACCAGACCGGCUGCAACGCCGAAACCACCGAGUGUAUCGACAAAGGCGGCGUUUGACUAUUUGACUGCUCGUGAUUCUCUUCUGUAAGAGUUAUGGACUCUGUUGUUUCUUCAUGCAAAAGUUACAUGGUCUCACUUUGAAGGGCUGAGUCGAGCAAACCUGGAAACAAGCAGAGAUAUUAUUGGUAUCUGCCUUUUGAGAUGUGCACUGUCCAUAGUUACGUUUUAUAACCAGUAAUUCAUUAAUAAAAUUUAAAAAGAAAUCCCACUUACCAUGAAAUAUUUAACUUUUUUUGUUUAUUUUUCGAUGGUUAUCUUUUUGUCACUGGACACUGCACAGCUGUUGUGAACUUUUAAAUAAGAUACGAACGGAAACAUGUCAUCAGCAAACAGCAGCAGCUUUGUUCCCUGUUCUUCUUCUUGUGUUUGUAGCCACGUCCAGACUAUCACUGUGUGAAUACAGUAGCGUUGAUGCCCAACACGUCAGCAGAAGUGGGGGUUUUCAUGGUUUUUUUUGUAUUAAAUAUUCCAUAAAUGCCAAAUGUAAGGAGAGUCAAAAAGUUGCUACAGGACCGUUCAUUCAGCUAUUUUUUUAUUCAUUAUUUUUACAGAAAACUUAGCUCCUGAACUGAAAUAGAAGCAAGAACACGAGAGUUGACUUUGUACAUAUUUUUCCCCACAAUCCCUCACAGCGUAUAUAUCGUGGACAAGGGCAGACGGGUUUAUCCACUGACGUUGGUUUGAAGCUCGACCUGAGUUUGUGUGUUGGAUCGGUGCCUCUUUAAGCUUCACAUCAGACCUCAAUUUCUCUUUCCGUCUCGCUGUGUGUCUCACUUUCUCUCUCUCUGUCUCUCUGGGGCUCUCACUUCCUCCGUCUGGAACAUCACACUCUACGACACUGUUAAUUUAAGUCGGAGCAGAGACGCCCCCACUUUACAGCAAAAAUCGCACUGAUGUUCGAUCCUCCUACGUGGAAACUGACGCCCUCAUACCGUCUCUCUUUCGUACCUCUUCCUGGAGGUGUUUGUGCUACUUUGGGAAAGAGAUCAUGUUUGUGCAGGUACUGGUUGAAGUUGGCUUUCAACAGUUUUUUAGGCAAUCACCUUUCUCUUUAUUGAUUUCGAUGCCUAAGCCUCUUUGGUUGUGUCACGCCUUUGUAGAUAGAUCACAAGUCAUUGAGCGAUGAACCGCAGGUGAAAAUAAAAAGAAAUUUUACUGUCACUUUAGGCAACAACAAAAAAAGUGAAAUUUUUUUCUAUUCAGCAUGCUUUUUGCUAAAUAAAUGAAAUAAUUCAGUUAUUUGCUAUAAACGAUACUGUAUGAGUAUGUAUUCAAGUACUGCAGUAUGCAGACUAUUAAAAAUAUCAGAAACUCUUUUGAGAGGUUCAUAUUUUUCUUCUAGUACGUUUCACUAAUAUUGAAGGUUAUGGGUACUUCUUGUUUUGAGUGUCUCAUGUUUUAUCAGAAGGACUGAAGGACCCUCUUUGUAUUUACAAAUGUAGAUGGUUGGUUAUUUCCACAUGCAUGAAUUGCAGAGCAACUUUUAUCAGGACAGUUCUAGUGCGGUGGGCUUUUUCUUCAAGGAUUUUGUCAAGCUCAGCUUUUCACUAUUUUUCACUAGCUGCUAAACAAACUUUGGACGAGGGCUGAGAAACCGACUUUUAUUUCCAUCAAGGCAGGUUUAAUUUCCCCCUAGUGGCCACUAAUCGUCCAAAGGCAUCGUUGGGGGACAUUGACUCCUCUCGCAGAACCUUAUGUUGAAACAUAAGGCAGAUGUGACUUCUAAGUGUUCAGGUUUAAGACGCUGAGAUAAAAAAACAUCAGCUGAGCCAGGAAGAGUGAAACUCCUGUGCGACUUCCUCCAACAUCUCAGAGCGCUGUGUCCCGAGACCUGCAGGGGCCGAGCCAGUGCCCUUUAUCGUGACUUUGAAUUUUAUCAAAGAAAACGGAUCGUCGGUCCUUGUGUCCAAAUCUCCAGAGGAUGCAGGAAUUCUCUUAAUUGUAGCAUUGAAAGGACUUUUUAUUAUCUCAUCAGUCCAACCUUGAUGAAACGCCAUCCCGUGUUGUAGCGUAGCACAGGGGGCUCGUCUCAUCUGGCCUCGUCUUACAGGGCUGAGAAUCUGUACUUCAAGACAGAGCCGAUACAAAGUUAACACCACUGAGCCAAUGGGAAUUUGUGCAUUUUGUGAGAAACAUUUAGUUGUAUUGGCAAUUCUCUGCAUGAGAGCACGAAGCAGAUGUGACUUAUCGUUUUCCCUGAGGACAGUAGAAUUCAAGAUUAUAAAGAUGAUUGUCUAGUUUUAGAAAAUGUGAACUCGUUUUGGUGGGUAAAGUUACACAAGCUGUGUGAUACUGUGGUUUAGAUGAGGAGGAGAAGAGUUUGACGUUUUGGAAAACACGUACAUUCACUUUUGUUCGAUGCCGAUCUCAUAUCUGUACUCUAUGAAGCUAGGACCAGCAAGCUCAGACUAGCUAUCCUGGCAUAGUCCACCUUUAAAGACCACUUAUUUAAUCCUGUUAAAUGCAUUAAAAAAAAAAACGUGUUCAAAAACAAUGUAAAAGCAACAAAUUGGUGUUUUUGUUGUGGGAUCAGACUUUCUAACCGUCUGCUAGCUCCAGCUUCAUGAAUCACAGAGGUCGUGUCGAUUUUAAGUGAAUGAACGUAUUUGCCAAAUGUCUAUUCCUUCAAAAAACAUUUAAAAAUAAUAAUUGAGCUGAAUACAAUUUUAACAACACAGGGAAAGAGGGUUGUGUUUACCUGACACAGUGAUCGAUGCAACUGUCGGUGGAUGUAAUGUGCCAAAAAUUAUAAUCAAUGUGAAAGGGGUCAGAGGAAUUGUUGGAAUAUAAGAUCACAUGUUCUGAAAAUGUUCCUCAUGAAACACAUUUUGUUAUUUGUCAUGUCACGUUGUCGCUGCCACACGUUUAUGUGAUUUCUCUGAAUCCACCACGUUCAAAAUAAUCGACUUCACAGACCUUUGUAAACAUUUUGCAUUGUCACUGACGUGGACUCGCAAACCGUGUCAGAUCCAACUGUGUAAGAAAAGAAGCUGUUCACUGUUUUUUUAUACUGUUUUAAUUUAUUUCAACAAAAGGUUUCAUUUCUUUUUUUACUUCGAUUUGAUCUCAAAAGACACAAAUGUUUUAAUUUCACGUUAACAGCGAGUUCAAUUGUUCUACAUCUUGUUCUACGGCUCAGUCUCUGUCUUUGUUUACACGAUGACAUCCUGCAUUACGAGAAAACUCCAAACUACGGUGACUGCCCUUGAAUAUCUGUAAUUUAAAUAGUGCUGCUAGAGAAAGAAAUCUAAAUGUAACAACUUACAAUAAAUAAUUAAUAGAUUUUU